AUGGCUACAGGCGGUUCUGGCUUCAAUGUCAAAAAACAAAAAAUAAAGAGCGUUGGACUAACGGCCCCUAAUGAGUCAGAUGCAGGUUAUUACGUGACGAGCACAACCACUGGCGUCUACGGGCGGUACGUGAGGAGCCCCUCUCAGCCCCGCCGCUACCUGGCACUGCUGGUCACCGCGAUGUCCCGCCGUCCGGGCCAUGUGAAGUUGUCCAAACCUGUGGCUUUGUGGACCGUACAGGACGUGUGCAAAUGGCUGAAGAAGCACUGUCCCAAUCAGCACCAGAUUUACAGUGACGCCUUCAAACAGCACGACAUCACAGGGCGGGCUCUGAUGCGUCUGACGGACAGGAAGUUGGAGCGGAUGGGCAUCGUUCAGGAGGCACAGAGACAACACAUUCUCCAGCAGGUGCUCCAGCUGAGGGUGAGGGAGGAGGUGCGCACCCUGCAACUGCUCACACAAGCCUCUCUGGAGUGCACCCCGUCGUCUCCUUAAAACCAGAUGGACCGAGCCUCUCCACAGACGCGCCGAUGUGACCACUACAUUCCCACACCCCCCUUUCCUCCUCCUCCUCCUCCUCUUCCAUCCACACGCUUUGGAUUUCCGGCCGUGUCCACUGACUCAUCUGGGAAAACCUCCUAAAAGCUCUCUAUAUUUUGUACUUGUCAUCUCAGACUCAUCUCCUCCCGGACCAAUAGUUUCCGUUCGCGUUUGACCCGAGAUGGCGAGGGACCGCUGGGCUACGAUGGGGGAAAAAAAAAUAAUAAUAAUGAACCCGCUUUAACUCCCAACAUUCAUUCCGUCUUUAUUUAAUCAUCUCUAAACCCCAGACUUUGCACACGGGUCUUCGGACUACCACUCCCGGCGAGUACAAAGAGCUCGUCCCGUUUUCCUCGAAUCGUUAACAUACCGAGAAAGCCGCAGUUUUGCCUUGAGUUUUGAUAUAGUGAUCUGCAUGCGAUGAUGUUCCUUUAGGGAUGAGCCGGUCCAGAAAACUACUCCCUUUGACCCACUUUUAGACAAUGUGGUUUUCACUAUUCGCUCACAAGUGGACGCCGCUAAUGAUCGAUCACACCUCCUUUUACUAUGAGGAACAUAUGGGGAUUUUCAAACUAAAUCUGUCUCUCUCUCUCUAUCGAUCUUUUAUUCUUUCUCUCUGUUUUUCUCUCUUUGUGCCUCUUUUAAUCUUUGAGCCUUUCUUUCUCACUCUCUGUCUCUAUUUUUCAGUCUCUCUGUCUCUCGCUUUGCC